UCAGCAACUUAAAGCGGGACUGCAGCAGGCAUUCUGACACUGGGGGGAACUUACUUGGUAUCACUGACAUCCCCAGUGACACCAAUAUAGGGAUCAGUGCUAAUAAAAACAACUGACACUGUACUAAUGGCACUGGGCAGGAAGGGGUUAACAUGUGGGGUGAUCAAAGGGUUAACUGUGUGCUGUUUUACUAUGAGGCUGUAUGCAGAGCCAUACUAAGCAGUGUUCAUCAGCUGACAGGACACAAUGGAGGGAGGAACAUCCUUGUUCAGCCCAACAGCAUUUAGAGCUCCCCUUCUCCCUCCACUGUCUCUGCUACAGAGCAGCCCAUCAUUACCUCCUGUGCUGCCUGAGA